AUGACUACAACAGUUCCAUUGAUUUAUUCAUUUCCUGAGUUUUUAGGAGUUGCUGAUGCAGUUGCUGAUCAUAUUAUUACUGCUCAAAAUCAAACACUUUACAAUACUACUGAUCUUGAUCAAAUUGAACUAAUCAAACAAAGAUCAGGUAAUACCCCUUCACAUACUCCAAGACAUAGUCAAAGUGGUAUAGAAUUGCCUUCAACUACAGCAUCAGGCGCGUUGAAUACUCCACUAUCAAGAAAUGGAUCAUCACCUAAAUUGAAUAAUAACAACGGAAACACUACCACUACUAGUAGUAGUGGUAGACCUAAAAAGGAAAAGAAAAUUCAAAAAAAACAAGAAGUUCGAUUUAAAAUUGCCAUUUCUGGUGGUUCAUUAAUAAAAAUUUUACAUCAAGGAUUAUUACCAAGACAAAAAUAUAUUGAAUGGGAUAAAUGGGAUAUUUAUUUUGCUGAUGAAAGAUUAGUACCGUUUGAAAGUCCUGAUUCAAAUUAUGGUCAAGCUAAAAGAGAAAUAUUUGAUUUAAUUACUGGUGAUAAAAAACCAAGAAUAUUCCAUGUUGAUGAAUCAUUAAUUGAUGAUUCUCAAGAAGCUGCUGAUGAAUAUGAAAAACAAUUGAUUAAUAAUUUUGCUAAAAAAGAUUCGGUGAAAUUACCUUUAUUUGAUUUAUUUUUAUUAGGUUGUGCACCGGAUGGUCAUAUUGCUUCAUUAUUUCCUAAUCAUGGUGAACAAUUGAGAGAAAAAUUAGCUUGGGUUUUACCAGUAUCAAAUGCUCCUCUGGGACCAGAAAAUAGAAUAACUUUAUCUAUCCCAGUUAUAUGUCAUUCCGCAAGAGUGACAUUUGUUGUUGAAGGGUUAACUAAGGCACCAAUUAUUAAAACCAUUAUGGAAAGACCAGAAAAAGGUUUACCAAGUUCAAUUGUUAAUGAAGGUGCUGCUGGUAGAGUGAGUUGGUUUGUUGAUGAUGAUGCAUUGAAUGAUUUGUUUGAUAUAACUAAAAAGAAAUACAAAUAUUUAUCUAUACCUGAACCAAGUCAUUAA